GGAAGUUGAGCUUUCUCGUUGGAAUUUAGGUUGAUAACUGUUUAAAGUACUAGGUAGGUACCUAAGACAAGCACAAGAAAGAAUGGGGCUAGGUAGCAGGUACAGCGCCGUUAGGUACCAUGUCCACAUUCAUUACCUAGAAGAUGAUUGGCCAAGAAUUCCCAGGGAGCUUUGGAAGUUGCAGGGAUGAUUUGCCCCACUAGCGACUGCCCCUCCAUCAGCUAUGAGCUCUUCAGAUCUUCGUCCAAUUUCUGAUAGAUUCUUCCAUCUACCUAACUUAAUUCCUAAUACACCAAACGACAAUCCACGACAGAAAAUACUACGAAGAAGCUCAAAAUAAUGGCUGAUACCGAUCCCACCCCCGAGCAAGAAGCAGCUGCCCGCGCCAAGGAGGCCGAAGAGCAGGCCGCGCUGCCGUACAAGUGGAACCAAACCAUCGGCGACGUCGACAUCAACAUCACCGUCCCCGGUAACCUCAAGGGCCGGGAUAUCGUCGUGGACAUCAAGAAGCUGAAGCUGAAGGCCGGCAUCAAGGGCCAAGAUCCCAUCAUCGAUGGCGACCUCCCGCACGCGGUGCACACCGAAGACUCGACCUGGACGCUAGUCUCCUCGCCCGACGGCACGAAGACGAUCGAGAUCCACCUGGACAAGGUGAACAAGAUGGAGUGGUGGGCGCACGUGGUGACGGCGGCCCCCAAGAUCGACGUCACCAAGAUCCAGCCCGAGAACUCGAAGCUGAGCGACCUCGACGGCGAGACCCGCGGCAUGGUCGAGAAGAUGAUGUACGACCAGCGCCAGAAGGAGCAGGGCCUGCCCACCUCCGACGACCAGAAGAAGGCCGACAUCCUCAAGAAGUUCCAGGAGCAGCACCCCGAGCUCGACUUUAGCAACGCUAAGGUGCAGUAGGGUUUUUACCGAGGCUGGGAGUAAGAAAAGGAAGCAAAAACAGUAAAUGUCAAAAAUUCCGAUAUUCGGGGAGGUGUCGCUAGCGAUGGUUGAAAUCUAAGUCACGGAAGAGAGGCACUUAGAAGGAAUACGCUUAUCGACCAUCAUCUCAUUAGCUACAUACGUACAUCAUCUGUAUAUGCGGAUUUGCGGAUGGGGAUAAACGGAAUAAAAUGUGCAGGGUGAAACGAAUAGCCAAUACCACGGGGGCAUAAGAUGCCAAAGGUAAAGGCUUCAGAGAGCCCAGCUGAGUUUCGAUCUUGGAAUCGCUAGUAAUGACAUAGCAGAUGGAUCACCGCUACGCAUCAAUUGUCAGAUUAAGA